AUGUCACUAGCAUUCUCUCUCGCAGAAGUCUCCUCACACAAUACCACUGCAGACCUCUGGAUCAUAAUCAAUGACGAGAUUUACGAUGUGACAGACUUCCAAAAGACGCAUCCUGGUGGAGAUAAAAUCUUGAAUAAGUUGGCUGGAAAGGAUGCCACGAAGCCUUUCCAGAAAACGCAUAAUGAGAAGAUUUUG